CCCCGGGCUCGCCGUCAUAUCGGCUUCCUCGUACACUGUGCGUUUCUCCUAGCCGAUGGAGAAGAAGCGAAGAUGUCGGUGAAAGGGGGUGGAUCGCGGGGGUUUUAUUUUAACACAGUUUUAUCCCUCGCUCGAUCGUUGGCAGCGCACAGACCGGCACCUGCAGAUAAGGUUCAGAAACUGCAAUGCAUGUGCCCUGUGGACCUGCGGGGCAUCUACCAGCUGGACGAGCGGCGCAGGGGCGCGGUGAUCGCUCUGGGCAUCUUCCUGGUGGAGUCCGGCCUGCAGCACAAAGAAAGCAUUGUUACAUACCUGCUCGGUCUGCUGAAGGGGUUGCCCCGGGUUCAGUGGAUCGAAGAGAGCACAGGAAGGAAAGGAAAAGAAUCCCUCCCCAUUGCAGAAAACUUCAGCUUCUGUUUGGUGACCCUGCUGUCAGACGUCGCCCAGAGAGAUGCCUCCUCGCGAGGCCAGAUUUUGGAAGCUGUCAUGGAUGCCAUGCAGGUCCUGUUGGAAAUGUGUCAGACGCCCGAGAGCCAGGAUAAAGAAUACCUGUGCAGGUACGCGGUGCCGUGUCUGCUGGGCGUGGCCCGCGCCUUCGGCCGCUACAGCAACACGGACGAGUCCCUCCUGUCCAAGCUCUGCCCCCGGGUGGCGCCGCAGUCCCUGCGGGUGGCCGACGAGCUGGAGGGCGUGCGCCGGCGCUCCUUCAACGACUUCCGCUCCAUCCUGCCCAGCUCCCUGCUGACCGUCUGCCAGGGGGACUCGCUGAAGCGCAAGACCAGCAGCGUGUCCAGCGUCUCGCAGGCCAGUCCGGAGCGCGGAGGGACUCUGCCCAGCUCUCCAGCAGGGUUGACAGCACAGUAUUUUGAAGGCUCCUACCUUCCCGAUGGCAGUGCAGUGGACCCCGACUACUACUUCUCCACCAUCAGCUCCAGCUUCUCCGUCUCUCCCCUGUUCACGGGCCACAGCAGCAAGGAGUUUGACAUCCCCCUGGAAGUCCUGCGGCAGCUUCUGCACAUGGUAAAACAGAUUGUCGCAGACUCGGUUCUGAAAACCCUGGAUUCAGUCAUGACGGAGGUCUUGGAGUUGAAUCCCAACAUAGACCUCUGUUACAAGACAUUCAGUGAUCCCCUGUAUGUGGCCAUGUUUAAAAUGCUGAGGGACACUUUAUAUUACAUGAGAGACCUGCAGACCUCGUUUGUGAAGGAGGUCCACGACUUCGUGCUGGAGCAGUUCAGCAUCAGCCAGUCGGAGCUGCAGAAGAUCCUGCACGACGUGGAGCACGUGCACAGCGAGCUGAACCCCCUGAAGCUGCGCUGCCAGGCCAGCGCCGCCUGUGUGGACCUCAUGGUGUGGGCUGUGAAGGAGGAGCAAGGGGCGGAGAAUCUGUGCACGAAGCUGUCGGAGAAACUCCAGUCCAAAACGUCAAGCAAAGUCAUCAUCGCCCACAUGCCCCUGCUGAUCUGCUGUUUACAGGGGUUGGGGCGUCUGUGCGAGCGAUUCCCUGUGGUGGCCCACCCUGUGACCACCUCGCUGCGCGAUUUCCUCGUGGUCCCCUCGCCCGUGCUGGUGAAGCUGUACAAAUACCACAGCCAGUAUCACACAGGGACCGGAGAGAUUAAGAUCAGCGUCACCAAUGAGCACUCGCAGUCCACCCUCAACGUGCUCUCCAACAAGAAGAGCCAGCCCUCCAUGUAUGAGCAGCUGCGGGACAUCUCCAUCGACAACAUCUGCAGAUGUCUGAAAGCGGGGCUGACGAUGGAUCCUGUGAUUGUGGAGGCCUUCUUGGCCAGCCUGUCCAACCGCCUCUACAUUUCGCAGGAGAAUGAUAAGGAUGCUCACCUCAUCCCGGACCACACCAUCCGAGCGCUAGGCCAUAUUGCAGUAGCCCUGCGGGACACCCCCAAGGUGAUGGAACCCAUCCUGCAGAUCCUGCAGCAGAAGUUUUGCCAGCCGCCCUCCCAGCUGGAUGUGCUGAUAAUAGACCAGCUGGGAUGCAUGGUGAUCACAGGAAAUCAAUACAUUUAUCAGGAGGUGUGGAACCUGUUCCAGCAGAUCAGUGUGAAGGCCAGUUCAGUGGUCUACUCGGCUACAAAAGACCACAGGGACCAUGGAUACAGGCACUGCUCUCUGGCCGUGAUCAACGCCCUGGCCAACAUCGCCGCCAACCUGCAGGGGGAACAGAUGGUGGACGAGUUACUGGUCAACCUCCUCGAGCUCUUCGUGCAGCUGGGGCUGGAGGGCAAGAGGGCGAGCGAACGGGCGAGCGAGAAGGGGCCAGCGCUCAAGGCAUCCAGCAGUGCUGGCAACCUGGGAGUGCUGAUUCCAGUCAUUGCUGUGCUGACAAGACGGCUGCCGCCCAUUAAGGAGGCCAAGCCGAGACUGCAGAAGCUCUUCAGGGAUUUCUGGCUGUACUCUGUGGUGAUGGGGUUUGCUGUGGAGGGCUCAGGCCUGUGGCCCGAGGAGUGGUACGAGGGCGUGUGCGAGAUCGCCUCCAAGUCCCCCCUGCUCACCUUCCCCAGCGGGGAGCCCCUGCGCUCCGAGCUGCAGUACAACUCGGCCCUCAAGAACGACACCGUCACUCCCGCUGAGCUGAAUGACCUGAGAAGCACCAUUAUAAACCUACUGGACCCCCCCCCUGAAGUGGCUGCCCUCAUCAACAAGCUGGACUUCGCCAUGUCGACUUACCUGCUGUCGGUGUACAGGCUGGAGUACAUGAGGGUCCUGCGGUCCAUGGAUCCGGAUCGUUUCCAGGUGAUGUUCCGAUAUUUCGAGGACAAAGCCAUACAGAAAGACAAGUCAGGGAUGAUGCAGUGUGUGAUAGCAGUUGGCGACAAGGUCUUUGAGGUUUUCCUCCAGAUGAUGGCUGAAAAGCCCAAGACGAAGGAGCACGAGGAGGAGCUGGAGAGGCACGCUCAGUUCCUGUUGGUCAAUUUCAACCACACCCACAAGAGGAUCCGCAGGGUGGCAGACAAGUACCUCUCGGGCCUGGCAGAGACGUUCCCUCACCUGCUGUGGAGUGGCAGAGUUUUAAAAACCAUGCUGGACAUAUUGCAGACUCUCUCCCUGUCCCUCAGCGCUGACAUACACAAGGACCCGCCAUACUAUGACAUUCCAGACACACCAUACAGAAUCACCGUUCCAGACACAUAUGAAGCCAGAGAGAGUAUCGUGAAAGAUUUUGCUGCUCGAUGUGGGGAGAUUCUGAAAGAGGCAAUGAAAUGGGCGCCCUCUGUCACUAAGUCACACCUUCAGGAAUAUCUGAACAAACACCAGAACUGGGUCUCGGGCUUGUCCCAGCACACCGGCCUGGCCAUGGCGACCGAGAGCAUCCUACACUUUGCUGGCUACAACCGGCAAAGUACCACCCUGGGGCCAGCUUUCCUUCAGACGACCCAGUUAACGGAAAGGCCGGCCUGCGUCAAGAAAGAUUAUUCCAACUUCAUGGCAUCCCUGAACCUUCGGAAUCGCUACGCCGGAGAGGUCUCGGGGAUGAUCCAGUUCUCCGAAGCCACACACAGCACCUCUGAUCUCAACAAGCUGGUGAUCAAGCAGAUGAGCGACGCCCUGGUUGCCGCCCAGCCCGAAGCGUACACUCAGGCCAUGUUCAAGCUGACAGCCCUGCUCAUCAGCUCGAAAGACUGCGACCCCCAGCUCCUGCACCACCUGUGCUGGGCCCCUCUCAAGAUGUUCACGGAGCACGGCAUGGAGGCCGCCAUCGCCUGCUGGGAGUGGUUCCUGGCGGCGCGGAACAGCGUGGAGGUCCCGUUCAUGCGAGAGAUGGCGGGGGCGUGGCACAUGACGGUGGAGCUGAAGAUGGGCCUGUUCUCCGAGAUGCAGAAGGAGGCCGACCCGCUGGCCGCAUCCGAGGAGAGCCAGCCCAUUCCCCGCCCCCCCGAGGUCACGCCACAUUACAUCUGGAUCGAGUUUCUGGUGCAGCGGUUCGAGAUCGCCAAGUACUGCAGCGCGGACCAGGUGGAGAUCUUCGCCAGCCUGCUGCAGAGGUCCCUGUCUCUGAAUGUCGGCGGGUCCAAGUGCUGCCUGAACCGCCACGUCGCUGCCAUCGGACCCAGAUUCAGGCUGCUGACCCUUGGCCUCGCGCUGCUUCACGCCGACGUCGUCACCAACGCCACCAUCCGCAACGUGCUGCGAGAGAAGAUCUACUCCACCGUCUUCGAUUACUUCAGCAUCGCUCCGAAGUUCCCCACCCAGGGGGAGAAGCGCCUCCGUGAGGACAUAAGUAUCAUGAUCAAGUUCUACGCCAGCAUGCUGUCGGACAAGAAGUACCUCGCUGCCAGCCAGUUGGUGCCGCCUGACAAUCAGGACCCCUCUGUGAACAGCCUGUCCGUGAUGACGGUCACGGAUUCCAGGAACAAUCUCGACGUUGCUGUCGGCUCCCGGCAGCAGACCACGCAGGGCUGGAUCAACACGUACCCGCUGUCCAGCGGCAUGUCCACCAUCUCCAAGAAAUCAGGACUGUCCAAGAAAAGCAAUAGGGGAACUCAGCUGCACAAGUACUACAUGAAGCGCCGGACAUUACUCCUGGCUUUACUGGCCAGUGAGAUAGAGCGGCUCACCACGUGGUACAACCCCCUGUCCACCCAAGAGCUGGCCAUCUCCACAGAGCAGUCAGUGGAGACCAGCAUCGCCAACUGGAGGUCCAAGUACAUCAGCCUGAGUGAGAAGCAGUGGAAGGACAACGUCAACCUGGCUUGGAGCAUCUCGCCUUACCUGGCACUGCAGCUGCCCGCCAGGUUUAAGAACGCCGAAGCUAUAGUGACUGAAGUGACCCGUCUGGUCCGCCUGGACCCUGGAGCGGUCAGCGAUGUCCCAGAAGCUGUGAAGUACCUGGUGACGUGGCACACAAUAGAUGCCGAUUCCCCUGAGCUGAGCCACAUUCUGUGCUGGGCACCCACUGAUCCCCCCACUGGCCUGUCCUACUUCUCCAGCAUGUACCCUCCACACCCGCUGACGGCGCAGUACGGAGUCAAAGUGCUCCGCUCAUUCCCACCUGAUGCUAUUUUAUUCUACAUUCCCCAAAUUGUCCAAUCUCUCCGGUAUGACAAGAUGGGCUACAUCAGGGAGUACAUUCUGUGGGCAGCAGCCAAAUCCCAGCUCCUGGCCCACCAGUUCAUCUGGAACAUGAAGACCAACAUCUACCUGGAUGAGGAAGGACAUCAGAAAGACCCCGACAUUGGGGAUCUGCUGGAGCAGCUGGUGGAAGAGAUCACUGGAUCCCUGUCUGGCCCAGCCAAGGACUUCUACCAGAGGGAGUUUGAUUUCUUUAAUAAGAUCACCAACGUCUCCGCUAUCAUCAAGCCUUCCCCUAAAGGAGAGGAGAGAAAGAGAGCCUGUCUGAAAGCUCUGUCUGAGAUUAAAGUCCAGCCUGGCUGCUAUUUGCCUAGCAAUCCCGAAGCCAUCGUUUUAGACAUCGACUACAAGUCUGGAACUCCCAUGCAGAGCGCUGCUAAGGCCCCUUACCUCGCAAAGUUCAAAGUGAAGCGCUGUGGUGUCAGUGAGCUGGAGAAAGAAGGACUGCGCUGCCGGUCGGACUCGAUCGACGAGGCUGAUGAGACUGGAGAAGGGAGUCGGCGAAUCUGCUGGCAGGCAGCCAUCUUUAAAGUUGGUGAUGACUGCCGACAGGACAUGUUAGCCCUGCAGAUCAUUGGGUUGUUCAAGAACAUCUUCCAGCUGGUGGGUCUGGACCUGUUUGUGUUCCCCUACAGAGUGGUGGCUACAGCCCCUGGGUGUGGCGUGAUUGAGUGCAUUCCAGACUGCAAGUCCCGGGAUCAGCUGGGCAGACAGACGGAUUUCGGAAUGUAUGAUUAUUUCAGGAACCAGUAUGGAGACGAGUCCACGCUUGCUUUCCAGAAGGCUCGCUACAACUUCAUCCGCAGCAUGGCCGCCUACAGCCUGCUCCUGUUCCUGCUGCAGAUCAAGGACCGGCACAACGGAAACAUCAUGCUGGACAGCAAGGGUCACCUCAUUCACAUCGACUUCGGGUUCAUGUUCGAGAGCUCGCCCGGAGGAAACCUGGGCUGGGAGCCGGACAUCAAGCUGACCGAUGAGAUGGUGAUGAUCAUGGGGGGCAAGAUGGAGGCAACCCCCUUCAAGUGGUUCAUGGAGAUGUGUGUCCGGGGGUACCUGGCCGUGCGGCCCUACAUGGAGGCUGUUGUGUCUCUGGUGACCCUGAUGCUGGAUACAGGCCUGCCUUGCUUCCGCGGACAAACAAUAAAAUUACUCAAGCAAAGGUUCAACCCCAGUAUGAGUGAAAAGGAGGCUGCUGCCUUCAUUAUCAAAGUCAUUCAGAGCUGCUUCCUCAGUAGCAGGAGUAAAACCUACGACAUGAUCCAGUACUACCAAAACCAGAUUCCCUACUGAGAAAGGAAUAUAUCGGAACCAACUCUGCUUUUUAUUCACACAUUUCAGUAGUGUCCAGAAUGUGGUGCACUUUAAAUAUAAAACACUUCCUAUAUUCUGCUUGCAUGUCUAGUGUAUGGGCAUCGAAGGACUACUUAUUCCAUUUAAUUUAUUUUUGAGUAAAUUUUGAUCUUCAGAUGUUUUCUGUGAUGGGAGUAUUUUUUUUAGCUGUACUUGGAACAAAAGGCUGGAACGAAGUUUGUCCCUUGUCCCCAAGGACAGUUUUUAUGACCAUGGACCUAACUGUAGUAUCCGUUGUAUAUUUAAACAAAUUUAUGCAAAUAGUUUUCUGGAAUAUAUUAUGUAGACUUACCUUGAGUACCUAAAUGGUGAAUUUUUUUUCACACUGUAAAAGUUACUUGCAUUAAUGUCUGUAAUGUGUUUGUGAUUAUAUUGGGAUAGUAACAAAAAUGAAAUGUCAAUGUAUCUCUGGGAUAAUGUAUGUUUUGGGAAGGACAUGACAAAGUUUUUAAUUGUAUAAAAUUAUAUGAAAUAAAUGAUUUAAAAGUA